UAAACACACUUCUGGGAAAGCUUACAUAGCGUAGAAGACACCACCUACACGACAAACGAACCGUGGGCACUUCCGCCUCCGGUUUUCGCGACGGGGUACCUAGAUUGAUCGCCGUAUCAUCCGGAGCGUCCGGCCGACGGCACAAGGUAGUGGUGCACCGCGACCAUGCCCUAAGUCAACCAGCGCAGGCGGCGAGCAACAGAGGGGCGCAACUCGUGGUCAACGCGGCGGCGGCCCACACUCGUUCGGACUUCGCGGCUCGCAGUCCAGUCGCGUACAAGACACACCUGGAGCGCAUCUCGCGUCAACGAACGGUCUCCACACGAGUACAGUCACACCGUGCGCGUUCUUCACGUUGUGUUGCCGAAUGUUGUGAUGGUGGUGCUUAUGGGGUGCAUGCGUUGGAUUACGAUCUGAUCGACGUCGUCUUUUUGAAGGAGUGCAUCCUAUCCGGGAGCGUAUCCCUUGAGGGGGUGGCAGAGUCGGUCGGAGGUCGGUUGUCGGCGGUAUGCCCGCCCUCCGCCUCUUCGGCAGGAAAUGGUUGGCCGCCUCAGACGACCUCGUAUUCCCCGGACUCUUCGAGGUCUCAGUCCGGAUACUAUGGCUAAUAUUAAUAGUUUGCGUGUACCUAAAGUACUACGAGUACACGUGGGAGUGUUCGAAGGGCGGCGACUACGUUCGGAUAUACAUAAUAGGGAUGAUGGCCCUGCUGUCGGUAGUGAUUUUGGUACUAGUGGCGUUGGUUAAUCGCAGCGCCAAGGGAUCGAUAACGGACGUGGACGCCAGGAAAGCGGUACCGCCGAUCCUACUCGUCAAACUGUUCCUGAUCAUCCCGGAGACGGUGCUUAACGUUUUCGGUACCAUGUGGGCCUUUUGCAGCGACCUCGUGGUAUGCCCUUACGAAGGUCACUUUUCCAGGACGGUGAUCGAAGCUCUGGUGGUGUUCAAUUGGGCCCUUUUCGGACUGGCAAUAUUCGGCCUGGCUUUGGUGUUCGAUCCGUUGGGGUCGAGGCGGUACCACGAUGUUCAGGAGACGCCCAGCUCUGGGGAGUCUUUGCGACACAAGAAGUUCACCAGUUUGUGGCAGAGGAGGUUCCGAUGGGCGUUCUGUUGGGUGGGAUCGGAUGAGUACGGUCACGAAGCGUUCCAACAAGUGGCUGCGCUAUUCAGCGCCCUGUUCCGCAACACCGACUUAGUACCGAGCGACAUCCUGGCCGGUUGCGUACUGCUGCGCGUCAAACAGAAACGCGAGACCAGAGAAAUGCGACGCAUCCAAAUGCUCUCCGACGACGAACACAAAUACUCCCCCGACGUAGCUCGAGUUUUCGCCGUGGCACCUCGCUGGAUGAACUUAGAGAACGCCCGCCACUUCCUCUGUCUAUCGAUGGCCGCGUACGGCUGGCCGUUCGUCAUGUACAAAUACUGCGGCACCGGUCUGUUCCGGCUGCUGAAGGAGGUGACCUGCUGCUCGUGCUUCCGCCCCAAGAGCACCGUUGUGAUCGACGACAACUGUUGCCUGUGCCAUUUGGCCGGCGUGAAGCAUAUCAGCGGCAUAAGGGAGGACGACAUACUGUUCGCCUCGUUCAGAAACCACGUGUUCGAGCUGCCGUUCUGCGUGAUAGCCGACCACAAGACGUCGAACAUCGUGAUCGCGGUCAGAGGCUCGAUCUCUCUGCGGGACAUUUUCACCGAUCUGACCGCCACAAGCGACAAGUUCGAGGCCGAGGGACUGCCCCCCGACACUAUGGCGCACAAGGGAAUGGCCAUCGGUGCGAACUACAUAGCGAAAACGCUGAAGGAAGUCGGCGUGUUGGACAAGGCGCUGGCUACGUAUCCAGACUACGGGCUGAUCGUCACGGGUCACAGUUUGGGAGCAGGUGUCGCCUGUCUCCUGGCACUCAAAAUACGAUACAAGUACCCAGAAGUAAAAGUUUACGCCUUCUCUACUCCAGCUGGAUUGUUGAGCAGAGAGGCGGCAAAAUUGACUGAAAGUUUCAUCUUCACCGUGGGCGUCGGUGACGAUUUCGUCAUGAGAUUGGGCGUAGACAGCACGGAAAAUCUAAGAACCGGAAUCAUUCAAACCCUGCACGCCAGCAAACUACCCAAGUAUCGAAUUUUGUUGAACGGCUUCGGAUACGCUCUAUUCGGCGUGCCGCCUGGGGAUUUGGAGUCGACGUGGAGGGACGAAACGAACACCUCGCCCGGAAAAUCGCCUUUGCUCGGACAGAGACUUAUACCGACGGUGGCGGCGUCGACGGAGGCCGCACUACUGUCCCGGGAUAUCAGCGUAAGGAGAUUUUCGAAGGCCAGACUUUUCACGGCGGGGAGAAUCCUACAUAUCGUCAGCAGAAAAAAGACCAAAGCAGAAAGGAAAAACGGAACGGGAGGUCCGAGCUUCGAAAUGAAGUGGGCACAGGCUGAAGACUUCAUGGAACUGAAAGUUAUGCCCAGGAUGUUACUGGAUCACUUACCAGAUAACGUUUACCAAACCAUUGACACUGUUUUAAGAGAGCAAAGAGUUGAUGCUAGUGAAAUCGUUUAAAUUAGAUACUCUUCACCGAUAUUUUUUUACUAUCAAUUUUAAAUACUAUUGGAAAUUAUUCGCACUAAUUGUAGUAAGGAUUCACUGGACAUAUUCUCUAUUAGUACAUAAUGUAAUGUUUUUAUUUGAAGACGUUGAACAAUUAUGAAUUUUAUUUUAUGAGGAUGUUGGAGAAUGUGCAAGAUAAUUGUUGAUACUUCUGUUAUUUAUUACUGUUAUUAUUGAUAAUCUUGACAAUCGUUAAGUGACCAAAAUAGAGCUUGAGAAAUUGUGCAAUGAACAUUUGAAUUAAGACUUAAGUAUUGAUUUUCUUAAAAUUAGAGGCUUUACAACUAAAAUUAAAACCAAAUUAUUGUCGCUAAUAAGUCAACCAUAAGAAUAAAUUAGAAUGUCUCCUAUUUUAAAACUAGAGAGGAAUUUCAUUAGGAGUCCUUUAAACUACAUUUGUUAAGAGAAAACAGACAGUCACAGUGAAAUGUGAUAUAUGUCUAUAGUGAUACUUAGAAGGUAAAUUAAUUUUGUAAGUGUAGACCAGUAUUUUGUAUUUAUCAUUCCACUAUGUUGUUUGAGUAUAUUUAACUGUAGAUUUAGUUCAUUUAUUUAUAAUAUUUGUUAUUUGGAUUUUAUGUUUAGUUAGAAACAAUUGUGUAUAUAUUUUUAUACUUAAUAUUGUAAAUAAAAUGGUAAUUUACAGUUUAA